AUGCCGGUUGCAGACAUGUUGGUAGACGCAGUUGCAGGGCAUGAAUUGUUGUCUUUCAUGGAUGGCACAGCAGGAUAUCACCAGAUUCCGGUCGCGGAGGAAGAUAGACACAAGACCGCAUUCCGCUGCCCUGGAGGUUUACAUGAUGACGUCAUCGUGAAGUCUAAGAAGAGUGGAGAUCACUUCACGGAUCUCAGAAAAGUUUUCGAGCGCAUGCAGCUACACAAGCUUAAAAUGAAUCCCGCCAAGUGUGUUUUUGGAGUUCAGGCAGGAGAUUUCCUGGGAUUCAUUGUCCAUCAAAGAGGCAUUGAGGUCCCUGAGGAUAAAGCAAACGCGGUCAUCAAUGCAUCUCCCCCGCGAACGAAGAAAGAAUUACAGCGACUAUUGGGUAGGAUCAACUUCUUGCGACGAUUCAUUUCUAACUCUUCAGGCAAAAUCCAUCCGUUUUCCCCACUGUUGAAGUUGCAAGGACAGAACGAGUUUGUGUGGGAACCUAAACACCAAGAGGCUUUCGACAAAAUCAAGGCCUAUCUGGCAAGCCCGCCAGUGCUUGUUCCUCCUAGAGCGGGAUUUCCAUUAAAGUUGUAUGUUUCAGCAGCUGAGGCUUCCAUUGGCAGCCUCCUCGCUCAGGAUGAUGAAAAUGGUGUUGAACAUGCCAUCUUUUACCUCAGUCGUAUUGGCAAGUGGGUGCUCGCCCUAUCAGAAUUCUCACUACAGUAUGUGCCACAGAAAGCAGUAAAGGGGCAAGCCAUCGCAGACUUUCUGGCACAUCACCUUAUGCUGGAUGUCCCCGCGGUUAGAGAUUUAGAGGUCGCUGCCAUAACUUUAGAUCGCCCGGAUUUAGCGUGCUUACCAGAGUACGCCACGAUUUAUCAAGCCAUAGUCUCACUCCAGCCUUGGGUGUUAUAUUUUGACGGGUCAAGAACAGAUACGCUAGCAGGAGCAGGGGUUGUCUUGGAAAACCCGGCCGGCGGUCAAUUUUCCUACUCUUUCCAGUUGGAGUUCCGGUGUACCAAUAACCAAGCAGAGUAUGAGGCCCUCAUUAUAGGCCUAGAGGUACUACUGGAAAUGGGAAUCAGAGAUGUACAAAUACUUGGCGAUUCUCUCUUGGUUAUCAAUCAGUUGUGCAACGAGUUCAGAUGCAAUAGCUUCACGUUGGUUCCUUAUUGGAACAGGGCAUUAGACUUGUUAGACCAGUUUGAUAACAUGCAUCUUGAGCACAUUCCUCGUGAGCGAAAUUUUGCAGCGAACGAGUUGGCCCAGCUGGCAACAGGGGUAACAUUGAGAUAUGGCGUGCGGGAGAGAAUCCUUAAAGUCGAGCGUCGCACGCUUCCUUCAUGGAUGGCGAGAAGAGAUCCUCCAGAUGAUACCUCAGUCGCGACCCUGGAACCCAUUGACGUAGAUUGGCGUAUCCCUUUGAUCGUUUAUCUCAAGCAGCCAGAUCCCACUGCCGACAGGAAGAUUCGUUUUCUUGCACUAAAUUACUUUCUUAGAGGUGACGAGCUGCGACGACGCGGCGAAGAUGGCAUAGACUUCAGAUGUGUUUAUGGCUGCGAAGCGAAACAACUCAUGCACGAAGUUCAUUCCGACAUUUGUGGUGCUCACCAAGCAGGUCCAAAGAUGCGAUGGUUACUCAGACGACAUGGAUAUUUUUGGCCCAUUAUCUUGAAGGAUUGCAUCGCAUUCGCUAAAGGUUGUUUGGACUGCCAAGCUCAUGGGCCGGUCCAGCAUGUCCCUAAUGUUCCAAUGCAACCCAUUAUUAAGCCUUGGCCCGCAAGAGGAUGGGCGCUAGAUUUAAUUGGGAUGAUUCACCCACAUUCAUCACUUCAGCACAAGUUCAUUAUCGUCGCGACUGAUUUCUUUACAAACUGGGUCGAAGCAGAACCUUUGAAAGAAGCAUCUGGUGGUAUGUUGCGACAAUUUCUAUUUAGGAACAUCAUAUGCAGAUUUGGUAUCCCAGAAGUUUUUGUUUCGGACCGGGGGGCAGCUUUCAUGGGUGGUGAAGUUGAUAAACUGGCAAAGGAAUGGGGAAUACAGUUCGUCCAUUCCAGUCCUUAUUAUGCUCAGUCUAACGGUCAAGCAGAGGCCAGCAACAAAAUCAUCAUCACUUUACUGAAGAAAAUGUUGGAAGCUAAUCCGCGACAAUGGCAUGAGACCCUUUAUGAGACUCUUUGGGCCUACCGCACAUCGAAGCGAAAUCCCACCGCGACUACACCUUAUGCUUUGAUGUUUGGCCAUGACGCAGUCCUGCCUUUGGAAGUCAACGUCCAAUCAUUACGAGUCCAAGAGCAACAUCAUCUCAUUGGAGAAGACUACGUUCAGGCUAUGUGGCAGGAACAUGAAGACCUUAGCGAAAAGCGCUUGGAGGCUUUAGAUAGUUUGGUCAUGGAAAAGAAACGAGUCGCUCGAGCCUAUGACAAGCGAACAAGGGGAAGGAAUUACAGCGAAGGAGAGUUGGUUUGGAAAGCAGUUCUCCCGCUUGGCGAAAAAUUAGAUGGUCGCGGCAAAUGGACUCCAAGAUGGGAAGGCCCGUACAUCAUUUAUAAAAUCUUAGGGAAAGGAGCUUUUCAUCUCAAGGACCUGGAUGGAGAUGUCCAUCAUAACCCUAUCAAUGGGAGAUACUUGAAGAAUACUUUCUCAAUGUUUGGGACUCAGAGGAGUCGUAGACAGUUUAUUCGCAUAAGACAUGGGGGACAAUUCUAG